AUGGCAACUCAAACAACAAAAAAGAUAUACAGUGUUUUGAUGAUUGUAGUUUUAUUUACGAUGAUUGUUUCAACAUACGCGAGUACGAUGGAAGUGUGUGUUAAACACUGUAUCCCGAAUCAAUGCAUGAAAGUUUCUCAAAAGGCAACUCUUCCAUUAUGUGAGACUGCUUGCACAAAACUUUGCAAUGAAAACAAAGAUGAGAAAUAUAUCGUGCCUCGAAGCUACUGCGAUGGAUUAUUCUGGUUUCUAUGUGAUAACUGAAAUUUAA